AUGUCGGGCGGCGCGGCGGGCGCCCCCAAGCCUCUUCCGUCCUCCGGGCCCAAGUCGCUGCGGGAGAUGCCGCAUCCCCUGGCCACGUCCAGCAGCGAGGAGAUGGGGCCGGCGCUCACCCCCAGCCCCGACCUGCUCCUGCCCCGCAGCAUCGCCGACAAGGAUCUCAGUCUACCCAAUGGCACACCUGUGGACACUUCCAGCCCAGCCUCCUCCUCAUCUCUGCUCAACAGACUGCAGCUGGAUGAUGACCUGGAUGGGGAAACUAGAGACCUCUUUGUUACUGUCGAUGAUCCCAAAAAACACGUGUGCACAAUGGAGACGUAUAUCACGUACAGGGUUACAACAAAGACCACGCGAGCAGAGUUUGAUUUGCCAGAGUAUUCUGUCCGCCGGCGGUACCAAGACUUCGACUGGUUGAAAAACAAGCUGGAAGAGUCUCAGCCAACGCAUCUCAUUCCCCCUCUUCCUGAGAAAUUUGUGGUGAAGGGCGUUGUUGAUCGCUUUUCUGAAGAGUUUGUGGAGACAAGGAGGAAGGCAUUAGACAAGUUCUUGAAGAGAAUAACUGAUCACCCGGUGCUUUCUUUUAAUGAGCACUUCAACGUGUUUCUCACAGCCAAGGAUCUUAAUGCCUACAAAAAGCAAGGAAUGGCAUUGCUGUCAAAGAUGGGGGAGUCUGUCAAAUAUGUCACAGGAGGCUACAAAUUAAGAAGUCGGCCACUGGAGUUUGCAGCCAUUGGGGAGUAUCUAGACACAUUCUCUCUAAAGCUUGGUACCAUUGACAGAAUAGCACAACGGAUUAUCAAGGAACAGUUGGAAUACUUGGUGGAACUACGAGAAUAUGGACCUGUUUAUUCAACCUGGGGAGGGCUGGAGGUUGAGCUGUCAGGGCCACUGGAAGGGGCGUCUGCCUGUAUUGGGAACUGCUGCACAGCUCUUGAAGAACUCAGUGAAGACAUGACAGAAGACUUCCUGCCUGUGCUUAGGGAAUAUAUAUUGUACUCAGAGUCAAUGAAGAAUGUGUUGAAGAAGAGAGACCAAGUUCAAGCGGAGUAUGAAGCAAAACUGGAAGCAGUAGCCUUGAAAAAAGAAGACCGUCCAAAGGUACCCACAGAUGUUGAGAAAUGUCAAGACCGAGUAGAGUGUUUCAAUGCUGACCUGAAAGCAGAUAUGGAGAGAUGGCAGAACAACAAAAGACAAGACUUCAGGCAGCUACUCAUGGGGAUGGCAGAUAAAAACAUCCAGUACUACGAGAAGUGCCUUACGGCGUGGGAGUCGAUUAUACCACUAUUGCAAGACAAGCCAGAGACCAAAUGAGAAGUACCUUCAUGGACAGUCUAGCACUUCUGUGCUCAGUACUGCUAGACAUACUGGAACUGUAUGAAGGACUCCUUUUGUCAAGUUAACUGAAAUGCCAGCUGCGCUUAGGCUGGAACAGACGCUCUGAAAACGAUUUGAAUUUUUUUCCUCA